AAAUAUCAACAAUUAAAUUGUUCAUCCCAAUAUGGAGGAUCUCCGGAAAGACCAUUAAUAAUGGAGAUGUUUUAUCCUUUGUAAUGUGCCAUAAUGAUUGACAGUGGUAAGAUUAGUAAGACUCUCAUGCUGCUAGAUUAUGUGCUCGGUGUGAAUAGGUGAUUCUUUGUACAUUAUUUUGUGAUUUUAGGGAGGUUAUUCGAUCGAAAUGAGUCGCGAACAAGAUUGUGUUGACCGUCUCGAUGGUCGCAACCUUAAUGGAUCUCAAGCCAGCUGCCCAGUGGCAGUGCCCGCUACCUCCGGCGGAGUUAGCAGUGAGGUGUCCGGACAUGCAAGAAUGGUGCUGCGAGAAAUGCAUAGCUUGCAACAACAUGGUCAUCUGUGUGACGUCGUUCUUAGAGUAGACGGCCAUAAAGUGAAAGCCCACAGAGCUGUAUUGUCUGGAUGUAGCCCAUAUUUCAAAGCCAUGUUUACUGGAAAUUUGUGUGAAAGUGAAAAAGAAGAAAUCGAUCUGAAAUCGGUCGAUAAAACUGCAAUCAACGUGCUUGUAGAUUUUGCCUACACUGGAAGAAUUGCAGUUACCCAUGCCAAUGUCCAAUCCCUCUUGCCAGCUGCCAAUCUUUUUCAAAUGCAUUCUGUGAAAAAGCUGUGCUGCGAGUUCUUACAAGCUCAACUCCAUGCCACGAAUUGCCUUGGGAUCACCCAUUUCGCUGAAGUCCAUGCAUGCAGGGAACUUCAGGCCUUCGGGGACAAAUUUAUCGCUGCUCAUUUUCAAGAACUCAGCCAGAGUGAAGAGUUUUGCCAACUGAUCUUUGAAGAGUUGACUAAAAUACUCUCGCGAGAUGACCUCAAUGUUUCCUCGGAAGAAGUCGUCUUCGAUGCCCUGGAUACCUGGUUGAAUUACGAUCCUAACAGACGACAGUGCUACCUGGGAAGAGCUCUCCAGUGCAUUCGCUUGCCCCAACUCACCCACAAGACCUUAACAAAGUUAUACGAGACCCACCCCUUUAUCAAGGAGAAUGAUCUGUGCCAAGAACAGGUGAACAAAGCACUGCAAUACCACCUCAACACAGAGGACCGCCUUUCAUUGGCCAAAAAGAUGAAAGACAAGUUGAAGAGAAGAGGAGAGUUAGAGAUGUUUUGUGCUGUAGGAGGCAAGAAUGGCUUAUUUGCAACUCUUGACAGUGUUGAAGUUUACCGAUCUGAGACUGAUAGCUGGAGUGAGGUAGCCUCACUGAACUGCAGACUCCAGGAGUGCGCUGCUGCGGUCGUCAACCAGAAUCUCUACGUCAUCGGGGGAGUGCGUUGCCAACUCAGAAAUGGGACCUCGUAUCGCUGCUAUGACAACGGCGUCGAAAGAUGGCAACCAGACAUUAACACAUGGAGCACAGUAGCCAGCAUGCACAUGUGUCGUAGUAACCAUGGCGUAGCGGUGCUCAACGGGAAGAUCUACGCCCUUGGGGGAUAUAAUGGAGAGUCUUACAUGAAGAAUGUAGAGGUGUACUGUCGGAAGAGCAACCAGUGGAAAAUGGCCACACCUAUGCUUGAGCGUAGGAGUAUCUUCACCACAGCGGUCGUUGAUGGCAAGAUCUAUGCCAUUGGUGGAUAUGGGCCUAAUUAUCUUAACAGUAUGGAGAGAUAUGAUCCAGACAAAGACUUCUGGGAGAAGGUGGCCCCUCUCACUGACCGUCGGAUUAACUUUGGGGUUGCUGUUCUCCACGGGUUCAUCUAUGUUGUAGGAGGCCACAACGGGGAGCAGUAUCUAAGCAGUGUAGAGCGGUAUGACACGCACCAGGAUACCUGGAAGACAGUCGCCUCUAUGGGCAUACCAAGGACAGGUCUUGGAGUGACCGUUAUGGGUGGACACAUCUAUGCUGCAGGUGGUCACUCUGGAGCGGCCUAUCUUGACCGGGUGGAGAAGUAUGACCCCUUCACGGACACCUGGACCCUGGCCAAGACAAUGCUGAAUUGCAGGUGUAACUUUGCCUUUGCUGCCUUGUAAGUCAAGAAUCAUACGAACCCAUACCCUGUAUGUCCUUUUACCACUGACCAACCUCUGCCUGUACAUGUAAUUCGGGAGACAGAAGGACACAAAUGUCUUCGUUAAAGCCCCACCGCACUAGUUUGGCCAGGAGGGAUUAGACCUCCCUGCAGGGUCACUGACAGGUUGUUAUCUCAUCAAAUCAGCUCUCAAUUAACAUAAGA